AUGCAGAAGGAUUUAUGGAAUGAGGAUGGUGUAGAUGACAUAAUUAGGUACAUCGCUCAACAGCAUGAAGACAAUCAAUCUGAAAUUGAAACCCUAAAUCUGGAAAAUAUUACUCUCCGUAAGGAACUUCAACUGUUGAAAUCAAUUGUGGUAAAUCUGGACAGGAAAGUGACACAACAAGCAAGUGAGAUUGUAGACCUGAGAGGAAGAUCGAUGAGGGAUAACAUUCUAAUCCAUAAUCUGGCAGAAGAGGAUAACGAGGAUCUUAAUGCAAAAGUUCGCCAGCUCAUUAGCGAUCAUCUAAAACUGGACGUCAGUUUUAUUAGAAUUCAUCGUAACGGACCGCGAAUGCCAGGCAAUAAACCUAGAACAAUUACUGGGAAACUUUGCGAGUUCAAAGAUAAGGACCAGAUUUUUACAUCCCAAAGAGCUUUGCGGGAAAUGGACAAAAAAGAAAAUAAGGAGAAAAGUACUUUACCUUUUUACAUUACACCUCAAACACCAGUGCAAAUUAACGAAAGUAGAAGGUGA